AUGUCAUACUAUGAUAUUGACUCUAUUCUCACAGACGCCCAGAAAUUACCCUGCACAUUUGAGCUCGAGGUACCAGGGCUUGGCAUUCUAGAGGGUAAUCCAGGCGAGAACAUCAAAGCCGGAACCCGCAUCGAUCUCCCACUAUGGUUGGGUGAAAUGCUCUCGAUCGGAGCCCGGCUGGGGACCUCGCGUCUGGUUUCAUUGGAUCUCCCAUCCCCCUUGUCGGAGCGCGUGAUGAAUGCAUUGAAGGCCGAUCCCAGGACCGUUGAUCUGCGCUCGCUGGCUCCUCACUUUUACAGCCUUGGUGAGCGAGUUUUGGAGCUCUUCGAAGAGGAAGAAAUGGUGGAAGUUCUGAGCAACACAUUUAAGAAGCGCGCCGCAGAGAUUGCGGACCAUGCGCAUAACCCGCGAGGGGCACUCGGUGACGGCGUUGAAUUCCUGCGAGGUCUUGACGAGACUGAACGACAAUUGUUCCGAGUGGCUCAUGAUAGUGCUAAAGAGACGCGAAUCUGGGCCGGAGAAGCUAAAAAAAGAUGA